AUGGGCAUCGGGCAUACGGCAGGUAGCCCGGGAGGCCUCGCGCCUCCCGACCGCUGGGCGAUGGACUUCCGAGCACCGCCGGCAGACGGUGACGCCCUGCGGGCGGGGGCCCCGCCCGUGGGCGCCGUGCCCGGGCCCGCAGGGCUGAGAGGACAAGGAAUGGAUGAGGGCGGGGCCGACAAGGGGGCAAAAAGCGCGACCGCCUCGGGGUCCGCGGCGAGCGCCUGCAGCGGGCCGCGGGCCGCGGGCCGCUUCGCCCUCCGGCCGCCCGCAGACCGGGCCGCGAAGUGCGCGGGCCGCCGGCGCGGAGGCAAAGGAGGGGGCGCGUCCAUAGCCGCCGCCUUGGGGGGCGUGGGUCUGGAUACGGGAAGCACCGCAGCCAUGACCACCACCGGCCGGCAGAGCACCGUGUUGAAAGGGUUCGCCCGCAAUCCGCAGGACGCGCACGUCACGGCGCACAUCGGGCCGCGGCGGCCUCUGGCGGCCAUGGGCAAGAAGUCUGUAGAGAAGCUCAGCGCGCCUCCGAGAGGCCCCGAGGCCGCCACAGGGGAGCACGGCAGGGCCUCGAGCAGCAGGCGAGAGGCGUUCUCGCAGUCGAGGAUGCGCGACUGGCUCCGGCAGAGGGGCGGUCUGGUGGACAACGUCGAGAUCGCGAUGUUCGACUACCCCGGCGGUGUCCGCGUGCGGGGCUGCGCGGCCGUGCGGGACAUGCGGGGACGUCGUCUCGGUGCCCAGUCUGGCGAUUCUCUCCGACUUCACCAUCGACCCCCGCGUUGUCACGCUCGUAGAGGCGCGUCCAUGGGCGUGGAGAGCGCCCACGACCCCGUGCUGGCGAGGGACGUCGCCCUGGCCGCGGGUCUGCUGCGGGAGAGGCACCUGGGGGAGCGCUCCGCGUUCGCCGAGUUCAUGAGCUCGCUGCCGACCCCAGCGGAGCAGCCGGACAACCUGCCCCGCUGGGACGAUGCGCAGCUGGCGGUGCUCGGCUCGGUGCUCCACAAGUUCGUCAUCUGGCGGCGGAUGAUGCUGAACAGCCUAUUGGACAUGGUCAGCCAGCAUGGCGCGCUGCUGGGGCACCACGCAGAGGAGGAUUGCGUGUGGGCGCUGUCCAUCGUCGUCUCCAGGCAGGUCCACGGCAUGCUCAUGCCGCUGCUGGACCUCGCCAACCACGCCUCGGAGCCGAACGCGGAGAUGCAGCACUACGACGGCGGUGUGAGGCAGGUGGCCAAACGCGACAUCGCCAGGGGCGAGGAG